AUGGCAGAUGUAUUGGGUGAUGUUGCAGAAACACUAGGCGAUGAUGCAUUGGGUGAUAUUGGUGACGCGUUAGAUGAUAAGGAGGAUGUGUUGGAUGAUGCUAGAGAAGCGAUCAGCGAUGGCCUUGAUGACCUCGGAGAUCGCUUGGACUCUGUAAAAGAUGUCAUCAGCGAUAUUAGUGAUGAUGUGGGUGAUACUGGAGAUAGACUCAGCGAUGCCGUGGAGGACCUUUCCGAUAUUAUAAGCGAGGAAGCGGACGCAGUGAGCGAUGCCGCUGACGAUGUUCCGGUAUUUGGGCGGCUGGACGACGACCCAGCUGACGUGCUUGACGACGUGGAUGAUGAUUGA